GUUUUGGCCUGGGUGUCCUCCCUAUCGCCCUUGGACGCUGCAAAUUGCUCCGCCGCUUCUCUCAGCAUGGCCAAAAACAGGAACAAGAAAAAGAAAAAUGGUGCCGUAUCAAUGGAUAUGAGCGAGCCAUCCACUGGGGAAGUUCCUCAAGCAAUGGACACAUCAGAGUCCGGAGCUCAAGGCCCAGUUUCUGGUGCUCCCAGCAUGAAGAUAAAGAAAGGAAGGCCUCUGAAGAGAUCAAAAAAUGUCCGAAAGAUGAAAGCAAGAGAAAAAGCUAUAUCUGCAAGUGAGAAGGCCGCUGAGAAGAUAUCAAAGAACGAAAGUAAAAAAUUAAGAGUUCAAUCUGCCAAAGUCCUGUAUGACUGAAUAGCUGGACGGUUGACAUCAUUACUUGGAAAAGUUUCUUUUUUUUUUUUUUUUUUGAGGUGAAAGUUUCAUACUUUUUGGUCGAUCACUGAAACGUAUGCAUGCCGUAUCGUCUACAGUUGAACGCUAAUUUAGGGGUCAGUUUUGAGUAUUGCAAGUGCCGUUUGGUUGCAUCAUUUUAUGAGUUGCAAGUAAUGUGGAUUCAGGAAAACUUGCAGCGUUU